AUGAUUUUUUGCAUUCUUAUUUAUUUUGCACAUGCCGCUAUCAAUAGGAAAUCUUUAAAAGAAUUAUAUAACAAGUAUUUAGCGAUUGAUUUUGAUGUUGAAAGUGGAUCAGCUACAGGAUUGUUAAAAGAAAAGAAUAAUAUGUUUUAUCAAUUAGUUUACUAAAAAGGGUUCAACGAGUAAACAAUCACAAAAGACAACAUAUUCUUGAUUUGGCUUUAAGGAGGUCCUGGUUGUUCAUCAUAAAGUGCAUUUUAUGAAUUGAUUGGUCCAUUCCAUAUUGAAAAAUCUGAUGCUGACUUUACAAUUCAAAAAAAGGAUAAUAGUUGGAAUGAUUUUGCUUCAAUUUUAUUCAUUGAUCAACCCUUUGGAACUGGAUUUAGCUAAGGAGAUAUAUAAAUUAAUUCAACAUUACAAGCUUCAGGUUAUUUUGUAGAAUUUAUGGUUGAAUUUUUCAAGGUUCAUCCCGAAUUCUAAUAAGCAUAGACUUACCUUACUGGAUUCAGUUACACAGGUCACUUUGCUCCUCUAUUUUCCAAUAGUUUACUUAAUAGUGACAUCAAGUUCAAUUAUUAAGGAAUUAUAAUUGGAAAUGGAUUAUAAAGUAUGUUAUAUUAAACUUCAUCAAUAUCUUCAUACUUAUAUGUGAAUGGGUAUAUAAGCGAUGAAUUUAAGAAAAUUACAAAGAAAGAAGAAUAUCUAUUAUAAUCGAUGAUAUUAAAGUAGUAGGAUAAAUUAGCUGGAUCAGCAUUUACAUCUUACUUUAAUAAAUUAGAGAAUUUUGCAAAAACUGAUGUAUCAAAUAUCUUACUAAAACAAGGAGAAAUAAGAUCAAAUGAGUGGAUUAAUUUUAUGAGUAAAUAUAAAGAUUAGUUUGGAAUUACAAACACUAUUACUUAAGUUUGUAAUUAAUAAGUAAAAUAGCAGAUGGAACCUGAUUUCUCUUUUGAUUUGACCAAAAUUAUUGAAGACUUACUAAACAAAGGAACAGUCCUUUUCUAUAAUGGUUAGAUGGACGCAAGCAUAAAUCCAGCCGGAACACAAAAUUGGUUAUCAACCUUUAAGUCAGAUUAAAUUUAUUAAUGGAAAUCAGCAUAAAAAUCUAUUUUUAAAAGUAAUGGAAGAACAGUCGGCAAUUUCAAAAAAACAGAGAAGUUUACUAUGGUAACAAUAUACAAUGCAGGCCAUGCUGCUGUUUUUGAUUAACCAUAAGUCCUAUAUGAAAUGAUUAAUCAUCAUCUUAAUAAAGAUGAAUAUUGGAAUUGA